CGUGACAUUCAUAUCAUGUGCAGUUUAAUCCGUUAUACCCAAAAAUGCCAUUUCUUCCUUCUUCUUCUUCUUCUUCUUCGAAUUCUAAUUUCACUGUCUUCUAUACGUCCCAAAGCUCACACAGACUAUCCAAACUCUGCUUCAAAAUCCCCAUUUUACCUCUCCAUCACUUCUCCUCCUCGCCGUCUUAUCUCUCCGUAACGUCAUGCUCUUCCCAAGAUUCGCCCCCACCGGUUCUGGAGAAAGACUCGUCUGUAACUACCAAAGAGAUCAGUACCGAAGGCGUCGUCCCCAAGAAGGAGUCUUAUCCGCAGAAAGUGCUUGUCGUUCGCCGUCCGGUGAUGGAGUUUUCCGGUGACGGCGAGAGUGAAGAAAGUGAAGAAGACGCGGAUUUGAGGUCUUCGGCCAUUGAUGCUGGCCUCACGGAGUUCGCGAAGAAGAUGCCGUUGUUCGAGCCGGAGAGAGUGGACGCAUCGGGAUCGCAGCUGGAGAAGCCGCUUGCCGUGAACUUGGACUUGGCGCUGUAUAAAGCGAAAGGUUUAGCAAGGAGUUUUCGGUAUGAAGAAGCCCAGGAAAUACUUGAGAAGUGCAUAUAUUAUUGGCCGGAAGAUGGGCGAGCUUCAGUGGCGUUGGGGAAGAUAUUGAGUAAGCAAUCGAAAAUGGCGGAAGCUAGAGCUGUGUAUGAGAAAGGUUGCCAGGCUACUCAAGGAGAAAAUCCCUACUUGUGGCAGUGUUGGGCUGUUUUGGAAAACAAGAUGGGAAAUAUAAGAAGAGCAAGAGAAUUAUUUGAUGCAGCAACUGUUGCCGAUAAAAGGCACAUAGCUGCCUGGCAUGGUUGGGCAGUUUUAGAGAUAAAACAGGGAAAUGUAAAGAAAGCGAGACAACUGUUGGCCAAAGCUUUAAAAUUUUGUGGUGGAAACGAAUAUGUAUAUCAAACGCUUGCAAUGCUGGAAGCUAGAGCAAAUCGCCAUGAGCAGGCUCGGUAUUUGUUCAGGCAGGCCACCAAGUGUAACCCCAAAAGCUGUGCCAGUUGGCUUGCAUGGGCACAAUUGGAGAUCCAACAAGAAAAUAACACCGUUGCUAGGCUGCUAUUUGAGAAAGCAGUCCAGGCAAGUCCCAAGAAUAGGUUUGCAUGGCAUGUGUGGGGAGUUUUUGAAGCAAAUAUGGGCAAUAUGGAGAAAGGGAGAAAACUACUAAAAAUAGGCCAUGUACUUAAUCCUAGGGAUCCCGUUCUCCUUCAGUCUCUUGCUUUAUUGGAAUAUAAAUACUCAUCUACGAAUCUUGCUCGGGUGCUGUUCAGGAGAGCAUCUGAAUUGGAUUCAAGGCACCAACCAGUAUGGGUUGCAUGGGGAUGGAUGGAAUGGAAAGAAGGAAACAUCGCAAAGGCAAGGGAAUUGUACCAAAUAGCCCUGUCAAUUAACUCAACUAGUGAAAGUGCCGCUCGAUGUCUUCAGGCUUGGGGGGUUCUUGAACAGAGGAUUGGUAAUUUAUCAGCAGCCAGAAGAUUAUUUAGGUCCUCGUUGAAUAUAAAUUCACAAAGUUAUGUAACCUGGAUGACAUGGGCAUCAUUGGAGGAGGAUCAGGGCAAUUCUGUACGUGCUGAGGAGAUACGAAACCUCUAUUUUCAGCAGCGUACAGAAGUUGUGGAUGAUGCUUCAUGGGUUAUGGGAUUCUUAGAUAUCAUUGAUCCGGCAAUUGAUAGCAUAAAGAGGCUCUUGAAGUUUGGCCGGGAAUCAUUAAACAAGGACAAGGAAUCUCUGGAGAAUAUAACAGAAAAGAAUGGAAGUAGCAUUGAUGAGGACUCUGUUGGCCUUUCCUCUGGCUUGUCCGGAGGCAAAGACACAGAAGGUAGUGGGACUGGAAUUGAUUUGGAUGCUUUCAUCAGUGAAAAGUUAUCUCUAGACCCAUCGAAGCUGGAUGUCCAGCUGGAAUCAUACAAGGUUUCUGUUGCUAACAGAACUAGACCUAGAAGAAUAUGGAGAUCGGAAAGGAGAACUGCCAAAAUACCUCCCAGGUCAAGAAAUCAACCUUAUUGUUGAGGAUAUUUACACGGUGGGCAAUCUUGGCAAUAUUCUCCUCUACAGUCGCGAUAUGUCUAUCGAUCGAUAUGCAUAGCAAGAUCUGAGAUCAUCGCGCAUCAACCCAAGAGGGUCGCGCAUCUCCCUCGAAUGUACUCAUCAGCUUCUGACUAGUACUCCCCACACUGGGCCCAGGCUGGAUCGGAGAAACAAGAUCUACUACAGGGAUGGUUGACAUCGAACAUGCCCCUCCCCUAUCCGAUGUUACGCUGAAGUGUGCUCAUGUUGAGAGUGCUCAUUUGAUCAAUCACCUACUCUUUUGCCUGGAGUGGCACUCUUCGGAUCAGUAAUAACUAGUUGAUGAUGACUCUGUAUGAGAGGUUGUCUGUGGAGAUGAUACUCACCUCGUAAUGGAUCUUCUCAAAGAUGGGCAGUGGCAAGUCAAUGGGAUCUCCACGUCCCACUCGUAUCAUAAACUAUGUGUGCGUUUGAUUAAAUGUGGUCUUUUAGGUCAUAGGAUCCAUGUUUGUUACAACAAUAAGUUGCACCAUAUGGAAGAAAGGUAGCAAAUGUAUCUGGUUGAACUA